UUGUUCCUGAGGUGGGAGGCGGCACCCGUGGCUGAGAAAGAGGCCUGAGAGCGACAUGUCCCCGGCGGCUGAGGCAGAGCGGCCAGUGGCACUGUUUUACUGAGUCGGGGGCGGCCUGGCGGCCGGCCAAAGACGAAGGUCGGCGGGGGCUGCCCCCGCAGUGGUGGCGGCCAUGCUGGGUGCCCGGGUGGUUGAAGGAGCCGCUGGGGCGCUUCUGCGACUGCUGCUACUGAUGCUCCUGCCGUCGCUCCGGGAGCCGAGACUCGGCGUGACCGGCGUGGUUGGGGCCGGGCUGCCUGAGAGCGUCAUUUGGGCGGUCAACGCGGGCGGAGAGGCUCAUGUGGACGUACACGGGAUCCACUUCCGCAAGGACCCUUUGGAAGGCCGGGUGGGCCGAGCUUCAGAUUAUGGCAUGAAACUGCCAAUUCUGCGUUCCAACCCAGAGGACCAGAUCCUGUAUCAAACAGAGCGGUACAAUGAAGAGACCUUUGGCUAUGAAGUGCCCAUCAAGGAGGAGGGGGACUAUGUGCUGGUGUUGAAAUUUGCAGAGGUCUACUUUGCACAGUCCCAGCAGAAGGUAUUUGAUGUACGAUUAAAUGGCCAYGUCGUGGUGAAGGAUUUGGAUAUCUUUGAUCGUGUUGGACACAGCACAGCUCACGAUGAAAUCAUCCCUAUGAGCAUCAGAAAGGGGAAGCUGAGUGUACAGGGGGAAGUGUCUACCUUCACAGGGAAACUCUACAUUGAGUUUGUCAAGGGGUAUUAUGACAAUCCCAAAGUCUGUGCACUCUACAUCAUGGCUGGAACAGUGGAUGAUGUACCAAAGCUACARCCUCAUCCAGGACUGGAGAAGAAAGAAGAGGAAGAAGAAGAAGAAGAAUAUGAUGAAGGGUCUAAUCUCAAAAGACAGACCAAUAAGAACCGGGUGCAGUCUGGCCCUCGCACACCCAACCCCUAUGCCUCAGACAACAGCAGCCUCAUGUUUCCCAUCCUGGUGGCCUUUGGAGUCUUCAUUCCAACCCUCUUCUGCCUCUGCCGGUUUGAACCCUUGAAAUGGGCCAGGCACAGUGCCGAACACUUUACAGACGUUACCUGUUUACUCUUCGUAUCUGUCGACUCUUCUGCAAACCAGUUGAUAUUACUUUUUUAAGAGGUGAGUGACUUGCCCAGGGCUACACAGCCAGCAAAGGCAGAGCUGGAAUUUUAAGUCAAGUCUCUUGCUCUUAAUAAUUACUCUGCACUGCUUCCCACUUCCUCAGGAUGCUAUGUGACAUGGCUCUAGACCCUACUGGCUGGCUAUAUUUCAAGCUGGAACGAAGGCUGCUUAUUUAGGAUUGGGGGUGGGGUGGGAAUGCUGGUCUACCUCCCUCAGUUAUCCCUUGAAAGACAGAAUUCAUUGCUCGAUCCAAGAAUGAUGGAGUCUUUCCAGGGCCUGAAUAAGCCACAAGGCCCACAGAGUGUCUUUCUUAGGUUGAGUCCACCUAUGUAGCUGGAGUUCUUUACUAAUUAAGAGUUAAACUGUUGCUAUUUCAGGUAGCUUUGCACAAGUUGCCAAAUGGGGAAGAGACUUGAAGAAGCCCUGCUCUAGGGAGUUGCAGGGAGGGAAAUUGUCUGACAGAAGAUCCCUGGGCCAAGUGCUGGGGGUUGGGUUGGACCACUCCAUGGGUCCAGAUCUUAAUCUUACUAAGGAAAUCAGGCUCCCGGUUGGCUGGAGCCGGUGUGUUAGACCUUUCUCCAGAUUUAAUACCCCCACAUCCCCCAUGGAGGAAGAGAGUUGGGAUUUUCCAACAUUUACUGGAAAGCUUGCUGUAGCAGUGAGGGGUCGGAAAAGAGGGUGGAGCACGGAGGACCUAGAACUAGCAAGUUCAAGAGUCUUCGUUUUGUUUGUUCCUAACUACUUAACGUUAAUAAAAAGUAACCCCACUUGCUUUUUGGCUCAGGCCUGAUAUUAAAGAGUUGAUGUUCUGGGCUUCCUCACUGCUCCCACUUGAAUCUCUGUUGCUUCCUCAAGUCGGUCCCCAACUUGCCUCCUCUCAGCCCUGACUUGAUAGUACUCUCCCAUCUAGCUCUGUGGUUUCUUCCUGCCCAGGGUGCCUGCAGAAGGGUCCUGGAAAAAGAGGUCACUUACAGAUAUUGCCAUAGUGAUUGUUCACUAGAUACACUGGCCUCAGCAUAGUACACAACAACCCUAGGAAAGGUGACGACUAGCCUGACUUAAAAUGAGAAAACUGGCUCAGAGAUCACCUGCCUAAAGUCACAUAGCUGGUAAGUGGCCAAAGCAAGGACCAGAAUCUGACCCUGUCUGACCCUCAAACCUGUAUUCCUAUGCCAUGAUUUUUAAAAUUUUUUGUUUUUUGAUACUGGGGAUUGAACCCAGGGGUGCUUUACCUCU